AUGCUGGUCUUCCCGCGCCCGUCGGCAGCUCGAGAUAUCUACUGGGACCCGAAGUGUAAUCUCAAGAGCGGACUGUACGGGACAGGUGCGCUAGGUCCACCAUCGAUCUUCGCGACGUUGGAGGGCGAGCAGCAUAAACAGCUGCGAAAAGCGCUGUCGAAUGCGCCAUGGACGAUCGGGCAGUUGAAGAAUACGUGGGAGCAUCGGUUUGAUGAGCUGGUCAAUCUUUUCGUCAAGAAAAUGAGGGAGCAUGCGGCGGCGGGGAGGGUGGUGUGUCUUUCGGAUAAGGUUGCGGAGUUUGCGGCGGAUAUCAUGAGUAUGAUAAGUUUCACGAAUGCGUUUGGUUGUGUCAAGAAUCAACGUGACGAGAAGCUCAUCUUGACGAACUGGAGGAUUGGACUUGACUUCUUCGGCUUUGUUGGGAGGUUCCGGUUCUUCAGGGAAAGAAUCAUCCCGAUGCCGCUUGUUGGAAAGUACUUUCUGCCUUCCGUAGAUAACGAGGUGGGUAUGGGAUGGCUGAUGUGCGAGGCUGAUAGGCAGGUCGCAAAGCGUGAGAAGCUGAUUGCGGAGAAAGAGUUUGACGGAUCACCGGAUUUCUUGCAGCACUGCCUCGAAGCACGAUACUCCGAUGGAUCACCCCUGACUCCAGUGCAAAAGCGCGCGCACGUCAGUCUUCUCAUCCAAGCCGGUGCCGACACAACCGGGACGGCACUAGGCUCCAUUCUCCGUUUCCUGACAACUACCCCUGGAGUCUUUGCUCGCGCUCGCGCAGAGAUCGACGAAGCUGAUCGCGCCGGCCGCCUCUCCACACCCAUUCUCUACGAAGAGACGCGCCGCCACCUGCCCUAUUUCGUAGCUUGCAUCAAAGAAGGCGUCCGCUUGAAUCCGCCUGCAACUAACCUCUUCGCUCGAAUCACGCCGAAAGGCGGGAAAGUCAUCGAUGGACACUACAUUCCUGAGGGAACGGAGAUCACAACCUACGCGUAUGUGAUGCAGAGGGACAAGGAGCUGUAUGGGGAGGAUGCAGAUGAGUUUCGACCGGAGAGGUGGCUGGAGAGCGAUAAAAGGUCCAAUGAGCUGGAAGCGGUGCAGUUCUCGUUCGGGAUGGGACCGAGGGUGUGUUUUGGGAAGGAUAUUGCGUACAUGGAGAUGUUUAAGUUGUUGCCUGAGAUUGUGAGACGUUUUGAUAUCGAGGUUCUGCAGAAAGGCGAGUAUGUCGUCGCGGGCGGGGUUGCGUAUAAUCGAAAGUUCUUGGGGAGGUUUGUGGAGAGAACGGGAGAAAAGGGCAGUGUAUAA